GAUCGAUCGCGCGCACAGGCCAACGAGACGCUCCACAGAAAUGGCGGCGAGUAGAGCAGCGUGAAGUGCUGAUGCAUUGCAUCGAUCCCACACUUGCGACUGCUCGGAUGACGCCAGGAAAAAUGAUAAUGACGUCGGAAUAGGACAUCGUCUGUAACUGUCAUUACAAAUCUGCAACACCUUCCUUCCCGGGAGAAGUUUAAUUUUUUACCAGCGGAGGAGAGAGAGAGAGAAAAAAGUCUCACCGGGAGCAGCAGCAUGGCUUCUUACAGCAAUCAGUACAUCUUUGGGGAAUUCAGUCCUGAUGAGAUAAACCAGUUUUUUGUGACUCCACGAUGUUAUGUUGAGCUUCCUCCUUUCAAUGACAAAGUUCCUUGUGUCAGUCAGUCUUCUGGGACUUACUGCACUCCUGCUGUACCUUUAAUUAUGGAGUCAAUGGGACUGCAGGUUUGCGCUGAAGACUAUCAGCACAUUGAGUUUGGCGUUGAUGAAGUGAUGGAGUCUGCAUCUGUCGGGGUGAAUGAUCCUUUGUGUAAAGUAUCCAGCACCCUCAACCCCCAGGCUCCAGAGUUCAUUCUGGGGUGCCAGUCAUCUCAGAAGGCCCAUCAGACAGAUUGUUCAGCAGAUGAUGUACCUGAUGGAACACACUUCAACUCACUGGAUGGACCUGACUCUGAGGGUUUAGCUCUGGACAAUCAUCAGUCUUGCCUGGAUAUGGAUGGAGUGUCUGGUAGCUUGGGGCAGCGGGAGAGGAAGAAAAAGAAAAAGCGACCGCCAGGGUACUACAACUACCUAGAGGGGUCGACUGGCAGUGACAACAGUAAUGCAGUGGAUGGAACACCUGUGGCAGGAUUGGUGAAUGGACAUGCACUCGGUGUCCUGCAGAACAGUGCUGAUGAUCUGGAUGGUAAGACACUAUCAGGGGCUGAACUUUCUACCCCUGAUCCUGUUCCUGUGGAAUCAUCAGCAGGUGUCGUGACAUCAGCUAUCUUUGUCCCCACACCCACUGCCAAUCAGAGGACUUGUGAUAGCCCUGAUGACUCUUCCUUAGACUUAACAAGUGGAGCAACCUCUUUGUCAGAUGGCAACAAUGCAACUUCUCCCUCUUCAUCCUCCUCUCAUAGCAGAGGGAUGACAGAGGGGUCAGGGACUGCAGACCAGCAGCCAGAUUAUUUGUCCCCACAGAGCCCUGAACUCAUAGAUAGUGGAACACAAAGCCCCCGCUCCAAAUCACCUCUUCCUCCAGUGGCUGUUGAUGAUACUCUCUCUGCUGCCCCUUCUCUUAUGACUACUGAACUGGUGGAGAAGGAGGCAAGUAACGGUGAGGUGGCCAAUGGGCUUGUAGAACCAGAGACUCCUAUUAAUUGUGAUGAACACAAAGAAGACUGUGAUACUGGGGAACAGGCUCAGCAGGUCUCCCUAGACUCUGUCACCCAGCCAUUAGUGACAGAGCAGGCUCAUUCUCCUGUAGUUCCAGCUGCACCUGCUGCCAACCUCCCCAAGUCUUGGGCAAGCCUCUUCCACAACUCCAAACCCCUGCCUGGGGGCCCUCAGGCAUUUGUAGAGGUAAAGAAUGUUGUGGAAGUGGUGGCUCCCUCGCCUCCUGUGCCAGAAGAGCCUGACAAAAUUGCAGAGGUGAAAGAUGGUCCUGUUCAUGUCUCAGAGGAUCCUAUGGCCCCUAAGCUUGCAGAACUUAUUGAGAAUGUGAAGUUGAUACAUAAACCAGUGUCUUUGCAGCCAAGAGGACUGAUCAAUAAGGGGAACUGGUGCUAUAUCAAUGCUACCUUGCAGGCCCUGAUUGCAUGUCCUCCCAUGUUUCACUUGAUGAAGUCAUUUCCUCUGCAGAGUGAACAACAGAGACCAUGUACCUCUACACCCAUGAUCGACAACUUUGUGAGACUGGUGAAUGAAUUCAACAACAUGCCUGUGCCACCCAAAGUGAAACAACAAGCUGUUGGCGAUAAAGUCAUGAAAGACAUUAGGCCUGGUGCACCUUUUGAACCAACGUACAUUUAUAAGCUGCUCACUCUAAUCAAGUCAAGUCUCUCUGAGAAGGGUCGACAAGAAGAUGCUGAAGAAUAUCUUGGCUUCACUCUCAAUGGCUUGCAUGAGGAAAUGCUGGCAUUGAAAAAACUUAUCUCACCUCAGGAAGAGAAACCACCCACACCUAAUGGCCCAGACUGUCAGCCAGGAGUGGAGGAAGAAGUUGGUGAUCAGGAGGAAGAAAAUAGUGAAGAGGAAUGGGAGCAAGUUGGACCCCGAAACAAGACUUCCAUCACUCGGCAAGCGGAUUUUGUCCGCACCCCAAUCACUGAUAUAUUUGGUGGGCAUAUCAGAUCGGUGGUGUACCAGCAAAAUUCUAAGGAGUCAGCCACUCUGCAGCCUUUCUUUACAUUGCAGUUGGAUAUCCAAUCAGAAAAGAUCCGCACUGUUCAGGACGCUUUAGAAACCUUGGUGGCGCGCGAAUCAGUGCAGGGCUACACUUCUAAAACUAAGCAGGAGAUUGAGAUCAGUCGGAGGGUGACUCUUGAGGAACUGCCCCCUGUGCUGGUGCUCCAUCUUAAGAGAUUUGUGUUUGAGAAGACUGGAGGCUGCCAAAAAUUGACCAAGAACAUUGAUUACCCCAUUGACCUGGAAAUCAACAAAGAACUUUUAUCCUCCGGAGUGCGGAGCAAAGUUUUAAAAGGCCAAAGAACUUACAGGCUCUUUGCAGUUGUUUAUCACCAUGGGAACAGUGCGACUGGUGGUCAUUACACCACGGAUGUCUUCCACAUCGGUCUUAAUGGCUGGCUGCGCAUUGAUGACCAGACAGUGAAGGUCAUCAACCAGUUCCAGGUGGUCAAGCAGACUGUAGAGCGCACUGCCUACCUGCUGUACUACCGCCGCAUCGACCUGCUGUAGAUACACGCCCAACAUGCACGCAAGCAUACCCAAAUGUAUCCAAAUGCACACAAACAUGCAUACACAAAGUCCUAUCAACUGAACAGUCGUACAUCUUCACAUGACACAUACACACUUAACUGAUGAACAGGAACACUGCCCAACUUGAUCUUGUGCAAGAUUUUCCUUCUCUUCCCACCUGUACCUGCUUUCCUGAGAACCAGCUUAUCCAUGAUUUUUUUUUCCUCGGCUUUUUAAUUUUGAAGAGCAACGAGCUGCAUUGACAAAUAUUUCCCUGUGACUGCUCUCUUUUCUGUGCACCACUGCUGUUUCUGUCUCUUAAUUUUUAAAGCAGUAAGGAAAGUCUUUUGAGUAGACCGAGGUAGAGCUGGGGUUCUGGUUUGGGACCUUAGACUUAUCUGACUGAGCCCAUAGUUGGGUUCUGUUUCAAACGGUGGAUUUACACAUGGGGAAGAACUCUGUUCCAGUGGCUGCAAGUGAACUUCAGUGGUUGUCUCUUUUUGAUUUCCUUUUUCCAAGGAAAUCUUUUAGAAAUAUCAGUGUUUGCCUUUAAGUAAGAACUGUUGGCCGAAUUAAUUUGCAGCAAGCCUGCUUGAAUUUGCCGUUGUGCCCCGAAAAGGCUCUGCACCAGCAUUAACACGAGUCUGUUCUCCUAAGGCAAGAUUCUCCUCUCUGUCACCACCAUCAACACCAGUUUCCCCUUUGUUUGCUCAUUUUUAUGAUGAUUUUAAAUCGAGGCACAACUUGAGCCAUCAAAACAAGCAAAAUGAUUGGUAUUACGCUGUUUGGGAAAUUGAACUGCUUCUGUGUUUAUGAGAACCUUAUGGUGUCUGGGUUUAGAUUUAGUUCAUCUAAAAAUAUUAAUGUGUGUUAGAAGUUAGAUGAUUAUAAGCUUCUGUGCACAAAGCUAUAAACUGGGUGAUUAAAACGCUUUUGUUUAAAUUGUUUAGGGAGGAAAAAAACCCUAUAAAUCUAGCGCAGAGCUUGUUUGAAUUCUGGAGGAGUGUACUAAGUUUUAGAUUCAGUAUUUGCACUGGAGAGAAGGCAACCAAUCAAAACGUAAAACUGCAACACCUGCCCUGGUCAACUUUGUACUGUUUUCUUUCUUGAUUUAAAGAUUCUACCUGUGUAUUUGUGAGCUACCCAUGUAGUUUUGAAAAACAAGCAUACCACCCGAGUUGGGCAUAAAUUAGGGGCUACUUUCAGCUCAACGUGAAGUUGGUCCGUUGAGUCUAACCCUAACCGAGAAUGGCAACAUUAAGUCCGUAUGCCCAAGACUUUGCGGACUGUACCCAACCUCUGUAUUUACUCAUUUGUGACUCAGUGUUUCCUUUUAGAAGACGGGAAGUGGAGACUGCAUCUCUCCUCAGUGCUUAUUAGUUUUUGGUAAUGCACAAAAGGCGGUAUUGUUUGCAUUUGUUUAAGAUAACUUUGAUUAUUUGUUGAUUGUGAUGAUUUUUGAGUUACUAAAAUAUGUUAGUCCUCCAUCAUAUAUUGGAUGUUCUUACACUCACCCCCUCUCAAAAUAUGCUUGCAUUUGAAUUGCUGUUUGGAAGAAAUUACACAGGCUAAAGCACAACAAUUAAUAAAAUUAUACUAGGUCUUUAUUUAUUUUGUCAUUUUAUCUUUUUUUUUUUUUCUUCUUCUGAAGGCCCUUUUCAUUCCAACCAGUGUCAAAAUCUCAGUAUUAAGUUUACAUACAACAGUUAGUUCCAAUAGUGUUUCUUCUCCAGUUCUUCUCCAGUCAGUCUUAACUCUGUACACAUAAGGUUUUAAUUAGGUUUACCCCCAAAAUGGUCAUUCAAACAACUUACAGAUGCAUGUAAUGUAAAUCCCUCCCAUGCCACACAUACACACACUUCAAGUCAAAGCAGGUGCCAGUUCUUAAAACAUUUUGUGUAUUUCAUCAAUGGGUUGUAUAUUAAUUGUCAUUCCUUUGUUAUGGUAUCGCUUGAUAAAAUCUAGGCCUGUUCAAAUUUACGUAUUUUUAAAACUGAAAUUUGUUUUAAUUCCUUUUGGGGGUGUUUCGUGUGACAAUACAUCUUUAUAUUGUGCAUAGUCUCUUUUUUUUUUUUUUUUUUUUUUUUGUGGUAUCUCAAAGUUGAGUCUUUCCCAGGUAAACCGAAGGAUAACACAAUAUUGGCUCUGCUGCCUUUUCUGCAAAAGAUAUUCAAUCUUACAUUUUGCCUUGACAUUUUUCAUCUGUGACUCAUGUCGCGCAGUCAUGUGGUUUAAGACAGUUAACAACUUCCUUUAUUAAUAGAUCAGUUGCAUUGCUGGCUUUGUAGCCAUUUCUGCACAAAUUGUCACAUUGUUGGUUUGCAUAUAUAUAUAUUUUUAUGUUUAUAUAUCCCCUUUGAAAAAAUAUUGGGAAGAUGGGACUUUGAAACUGACACUUGAGGCAUUCUGUUGUACAGUUUUAUCUUGAUCUCUUAUGGCUGGUCAGGAAACAUGCUGGUGAAAUGCUAAAGUAAUGUCUCUCCUUUCAGUAUGUGUUUCUAACACUAUUGUCUGCUGGGAUUUAUUGGGAUGUUGACCUAAACAAAAUCUAUACUGUCUUUUAAUUUUAAGCCUCCAGCAUUCUAUUUUGUUAAUUGUUCAAAUAAAGAUUGUGCAAAAAGCUGUUUGCUAAUGAGUAGUCAGUAGACUACAUGGCUUUCUUAUAAUACAGUAAAUACUGAAAUAUCUGCAGUCUCCACAACUUGGACUGGUCUACAGAACAUUGUGCACAAUAAACCAAAACAA